CUCUGCUAUCCCACAGAUGUUGCCCACGGUGGAUAUGUAUAAAGUUUCUUGCCACUACAUCGGUUUCGCCAUUGUUAGUCGAACCCUGAAGCCCUGAAGAGGUUUCUCGUCGGAUUGCGAGCAACUUGCCGAGACUGCCUCUCGUAGAAGGUGAACUGCCAGUGAACUUGACCUCUUGGUCGUUGUGCGCCUUAGCGAGGAAGUGAUUUGCAGCACAGACAAGUGUUUUUAGCCCGUGUGAACGCGCCUCAGACUGUGACUAAUAUUGCGAGGGGCUCGCUAGGAAAAAGCCUACAUCAUGAACUGUUACGCGGCCGGACUAGCCAUGGCGCUGCUGGUGGCUACCGUGAUCGCAGUGCAAGCAGAAACCGGUUUCUACGUGCCCAAAGCUUAUUAUACGAUCGACGAGAACGGCUACCAAUCGCCGCUCAUCUACAUCGACAGUAUUCCGCAAGUUUUCCACCGUGCCCGACGAUCUGCUCAGCUAGUGCCCAACUUUGGAUUUCCCGUCAACUUCCCGAACAUUCCGUUCCCGAACCCGGGCCAGGGUGGUAACUUCCAGUCGGUAUCCAUCACCAGCGGAGGUUCUGGCGGUUUGAAUAAUCGGUUUGAUGAGAACGGACAAUCGGCACCCGCCGCAACCAUCAACACGUUCUCGUCGCAAAACGGGCAGGUCACCCACCUGACACACCACAUCGAUAAGGAUGGCAAAGUGACGACACACACGAACAAGAACAAGAACUGAGAGGGAUAAUCAUAUGGACCACUCUAACAGCGAGGGAACACCCUAACGGCAGUAUCAAAAGCGGUAAAAGCACAACAACAGUGGACGCCAGCGCCUUUGCUCAAAUUCGACAUUUUCCAAGAGCACUCAGCCAAUUGAUCUGCUAGUUCCGGUUCCUUAUCUGGUAUAUUUUUGCUGUUAUCUUUUUUGUUUGUAACUGUUUCUCCGGAAAUCACCAGCGACCAGUAUCACCAGCGACCACACUCUGUAAAGGGGUUCAAGUAGGAUUGUACAACGCUUGAUAAAUUUUUACUAAUAAUAUCUUGAAUUGGGUGGGUGAAUUUUGUACCAACUACCGGACUGAAUGUAGCCCGAGCGGCAAUGAACACUAUGAACAGUGUAAGAACAUAAAAAUAAAAUAAAAAUUAC